AUGGCUCCUGCCACACCGUCUACGUUGAGAAAUCGGAUCGACGAAACUCUGGAGAUGGGAACUCCUCAAACCUCCCUUGCCACUUAUUUCACCCAGCCACUCAAGCAAGUAGAGGCCGAUCAAGGUAUUCCUGAGCCAGGCGGACAUACCCCGGCAGCUAGCUCAAAGCCCAAUCUGGCAGCUGCAGCAGCUGCACCUACUGCACCAAAAAACAACGUCAUCCACCCAAAUUCAACCGUUGAGCUCAAUGUUCAAAGCAAAAGCUUGGAAUCAACCGCCCACGAUACAUCCAGACAGACGGACAGCCCAGCUAGCGCAACUGUCAGUGGUUUGCUCUUAGACACAUCAGGCACGGAAAUGUCAACUCGACAUCCGUUUGAAAGCCCCUCACAAACCCCUAGUGCCGAUCCUGACCAUCAGAGAAGCAAAAGCAACCAGGAGAAGGCCAGCCCUGGAACUUCUGCCGGCAUUGCGAUUGGCACUAUCUCUCUUGCGGCCUUUGCGGGAUUUGCCGUAUUUUGGGCAUUUUUGCGGUACAAACGGCAGGGAAAAAGCUGCGAGAAUAUCGGCAAGACCACAUGGACGGGCAGCCUAGUGACCUCAUUCAAGGGCGUCUUCCAGCAGAGCGCAAAGUGGCCAUUCAAGCGGAGUCGAGGCGUGAGUGAAGCCAAGAUAUCCGCCCCUUUCGCUCAGCAAAACUCGCUCAACUGGUCAUGA